AUGGCUAGCACACCUGCGCCCAGAGAUGCGAAGGAGCGACAACACUCCCUUCCUACGUCAGCCUGCAACUCGAUGGAAAGACAACAGAAAACCAUGGAUGACUGCAUUGAUUCUACCCCGAUGCCCGUCUUGGACGUGCAAGAUCUCGAUGGCGAAGACCAAAACGAAGAAAUUGAGCUCAAGAGGAAGCUGGCAUUCGACGAGGCAAGGGAAUCAGAAGGCAGAUCAGAGAGUUUGAGCGAGAAGGAUUCAGCUCCUUCAAAGCCCAGGACGAGCAGAACCACUGCGACCAAAGUAUCAGCGCAGCUGCUUGCUAGGAUCGAAAACAACGAAUCAGGCUGCGAUUUGAAGAUCACCGCGCUCAUCCCCUUCGUGAGCUUGAACUCUCUAUGUGAUGCUCUCGCAAACAACACCUCGACCGAGAGACUCGACCUUGAAGGAUGCGGAGUUGGGGACAAGGGAUGCCUUUUGAUCCGUGACCUCUUCUUGAAGAACAAGACUAUCAAGCACUUGGACCUGCAGAUGAAUCAAAUAUCGGAUGUCGGAUGCAGGCACCUUUCAGAAAUUUUAUCACAGAAUGUGACUCUCCAGAAGUUGUAUCUUGGGUACAAUGACAUUCGCGACGAUGGAGUGUAUGCGCUGAUUGCUGCGAUGCGACCGCAAGGACAACUGGAAAUUGUUGUCAACGGGAAUUCCUACGUCUCGGAUCAAGCUCUUGCCAGGCUCGAUCGAGCUCUUGAGCAGCAAUGGCGGCCGGUGAUGGCGAAGCCCCGAAGAGAAGCGAGCUCGCCUCUGCCUUGUAGUGAGAAGGUCGAGAAGCUGCUCAAGAAGCCGCGUGUCUCCGAGGAGGGCAGAAAGGCUGACAAGGAGAAGGAGGCAAAACCCAAGGGAUUGAAGAAGCAGAGUGCAGGGCGGAGCCUUCUCCCUUGCAGCCUUGCCAUUGACUCCACCUUCUACCUCUCACCCCCCAAGAAGGGCUCCUCCUCAGACGACACGUGCCACACAGACCCGAACCUCCAUCGCGGGGCUCCCUUCGAGUAUCAGAUCCUGGAGAAGACGAAUGUGAGAUGCCCGUUGUUUUGGAAAGCUCUUGACGUGCCGCGAUCCAUCGAGCAGACUUCCUUCUGGUCCGACCUGAGCAAACUCAGCGAGGGGGGUGACGAGCACAUGCGAGCGAGGAAGAAGCUUGCGGAGAGGUUCCACCAGCAGUGGACUAUGCUGCGGACGAGCAUCAGCGAUCAACUCGAGCAAGAGUGUCGAGAUUUGCAGAUCCAGCCCAACGUGGGAAUAUUUAGAUCCACUUGCGACUUCCUCGCUAGGCAGAAGCACUACAUAAAGGAUUCCAAGAAGCUGACGAACCGAAUCUCUGAGAUCAAGUCCGAAGACAUCAGGAAGUCCGUCGUUGAGACUCGCGUGAAAGAACUCGAGCUCAAGUUCAGGCUGAACCUCAGGCACAUGGAAGAAGACAUAGCGAGAGAGCAAAAGAUUGAGGCCAGGGUCCUAGCUGAGAUGCAAGGAGUCAAGCCUCACAUGCAGGGCGGCGAGCUUCCCCCCGGGAUCUCUCAAGACAGCAUGAUAGUCCACGUCCCAUGUCCCUUCCAGGUGGACAUAGUCUGCUGCCAUGUAGAGGCCGACGAUGCGCAAGAUACCGUCAUGGAAUGA